UCACCUCCGACUGCAUCCCCAUCCCCGCGCCUUUCGUCUGCCUCUCAACUUGUCCCGCGUCAGGAUGGACGCGUUGCGCCCGCGGUCGUCGGAGCCGCCAGAGUGCGAGGAGAACGCGCUGGCACGCGGGCACCGCCAGUGACCGGGAGCGUCUUCUGGGCGUCGGGGAUGUUCGCCGCCGUCGCUGACUGCAGAAUUAUUCUUUUUUUCUUCCCCAACGUUGUCGGCGAGUCCGCUGCGUGUUCUAUCCGACUGGUGCGCUCUCGGGGAGCGAAGGACAUGUGGAUGGGGAUGGUUCUCCUUCGGCGGCUGAUAUAACCAACCUCGGUUGUUUCAGUUCACCAAGUUUGACACAGUAAAUGGUCGCAAAGUGAGAAAACAACCUGAUUCAUUGACUGUUUUUUCUUGUUUGGCUUGAGGAGGAAUUCAUGCGUCGGUAGCUCGCGGGGCCAAUAUGCCAGAAUGGGUCCUCUACAGUAUUUUUUCCUCUGUGGACUUCUGUACACCCAGGCCGACGGGUCUCGUCUGCGCCAGGAAGACUUCCCUCCUCGCAUUGUGGAGCACCCUUCCGACCUCAUUGUGUCCAAGGGGGAACCAGCCACUCUCAACUGCAAGGCAGAGGGCCGUCCAACCCCCACGGUGGAAUGGUACAAAGAUGGGGAGCGCGUUGAGACGGACCGCGACAACCCCCGCUCCCACCGCAUGCUGCUGCCCAGCGGGUCCCUCUUCUUCCUACGCAUCGUCCACGGGCGACGGAGCAAACCCGACGACGGCAGCUACGUGUGCGUGGCCCGAAACUAUCUGGGAGAGGCCGUGAGCCGGAAUGCGUCUCUAGAAGUUGCACUGUUACGCGAUGACUUCAGACAGAACCCACAAGAUGCGGUGGUGGCGGUCGGGGAGACUGCCAGUCUUGAGUGUCAAGCUCCACGCGGGCAUCCUGAGCCCACCACCUUCUGGAGGAAAGACAAGGCUCGUCUUGACCUCAAAGAUGACAGGGUCACGGUGCGUGGAGGAAAGCUGACCAUCUCAAAUACAAAGAAGAGUGAUACAGGGACUUAUGUGUGUGUGGCCACCAACAUGGUCGGAGAGAGAGAGAGUGAAAAAGCACAGCUCUCUGUAUUUGAAAGACCAGUGUUCGUGCAACGACCUGUGAACCAGGUGGUCUUGGUAGACGAGAGCGUGGAGUUCAGGUGUCAGGUCCACGGUGACCCUCCGCCAACGCUGCGCUGGAAGAAGGAGGAUGUGGAUAUUCCCCGUGGCAGGUACGACAUCAGAUACGAAAAAGAGGACUUCCUGCUGAGGAUUAAAAAAGCGUCGGCCAGUGACCAGGGAACCUUCACCUGCCUAGCGGAGAACCGUGUGGGUAAAGUGGAGGCCUCGGCCUACCUGACUAUCAGAGCUCGCCCCGUUGAGGCUCCCCAGUUUGUGGUGCGACCCCGUGACCAGAUUGUGGCUCAGGGGCGGACAGCCACCUUUCCCUGCGAGACCAGGGGCAAACCUCAGCCCACUGUCUUCUGGCAACGAGAGGGUAGCCAGGACCUUCUGUUUCCCAACCAGCCAACACAGGAUGACAGCCACGUCUCUGUGUCUGUGAAUGGCGAGCUGACCAUUUCAUCUGUGCAACGCUCUGAUGCAGGGUAUUAUAUCUGCCAGGCCCUCACUGUGGCAGGCAGCAUUAUGGCCAAGGCCCAGCUUGAGGUAGCAGACGCCCUGAAGGACCGCCCGCCACCGAUCAUCCGACAGGGCCCAUCCAACCAAACACAGGCGCUGGGAGGUGCGACCCUUCUCAGGUGUCAGGCGUCCGGGGAGCCCGAGCCCACCGUCUCCUGGCGAAAGAAUGGGGCCAGUCUGCUCGGAAAGGACCCGCGCUUCUCCCUGCUCGACCACGGAAGCCUUCAGAUCCAGAGCACCAGGCUGUCUGACUCGGGGUUGUACACCUGUGUGGCCACCAGCUCCAGUGGAGAGACAUCGUGGAGUGCCUUCUUGGAUGUCAGAGACUCCAGCGAGCUCGUCGACUUCAUGUCUCACAAUGCGACGGCCCUCCCGGGGCCUCCCUCCAAGCCAGAGGUCACGGAUGUUACCAAGAGCAGUAUCUCGUUGUCAUGGGAACCGGGGCCAGAGGCGGGCUCCCCAGUGUCCUCCUAUGUCAUUGAGGCCUUCGGGCAGUCAGUGAGUAACAGCUGGCAGACAGUGGCGGACCACGUCAAGACCACCGAGUAUACAGUCAAGGACCUCCGACCCAAUACUGUCUACCUGUUCAUCAUCAGGGCAGUUAAUGCUCAGGGGCUCGGCAACCCCAGCCCCAUGUCCGAGCCUGUCCGAACACAAGACAUCAGUCCCACAGCACAGGGAGUGGACCAUCGCCGCGUGCAGAAGGAGUUGGGCGACGUGUUGGUCAGCAUGCACAACCCCGUGGUCCUUAGCUCUACCUCGGUGCAGGUCACAUGGACAGUGGAGAACCCCUCACAGUUCAUUCAAGGCUACCGCGUUCUUUACCGACAAACGUCAGGGCUGCCCUCGCCAGGGCCGUGGCAGAUACAGGACCUGAAGGUCGCCUCAGAGAGAGACAUAACUCUCUCCGGCCUGAAGAAGGGCAUCGUCUAUGAGAUUAAAGUGCGGCCGUACUUCAACGAGUUCCAGGGCGCAGACAGCGAAUCCAUGACGGCACGCACCAUGGAGGAAUCACCCAGCGCGCCUCCGCAGCAAGUGACAGUGCUGACAGUGGGCAGCCACAACAGCACGUCCAUCAGUGUGUCAUGGGACCCUCCUCCCUCCGACCAGCAGAACGGCAUCAUCCAGGAGUACAAGAUCUGGUGUUUGGCCAACGAAACGCGGUUUCAUGUCAAUAAGUCUGUGGAUGCAACCAUCCGUUCAGUGGUUGUUGGGGGUCUGCAGACCGGCGUGCAGUAUCGUGUGGAGGUGGCUGCAGGCACCAGCGCAGGGGUGGGGGUCAAGAGCAAACCCCAGCUCAUCAUAUUGGGUGCAGAACUGAGGGACAUAAUGACAGGAUCCGAGGGCAACAAUAGCAUCUCGGAUGUAGUGAAGCAACCGGCCUUCAUUGCCGGUUUGGGAGGGGCCUGCUGGAUUGUCCUCAUGGGCUUCAGUGCCUGGCUGUACUGGAGGAGAAAGAAGAGGAAGGGACUCAGCAACUAUGCAGUUCAGUCCUUCACCUUUACCCGCGCAGUGACUUUCCAAAGAGACCGAGGCCUGAUCAGGAAUGGAAGCCGCCCGGGGCUGCUGAAAGCGGGUGACCAAGGCCUCCCCUGGUUGGCUGACUCGUGGCCCUCCACAAGCCUCCCAGCGAGCAGGGGCUUAGGAAGUCCGAAGGGUGGCAACAACUUUGGCCGAGGAGAUGUUUUACCGUCCGCGGCGGUGGAGAAGACCGGCACCAUGCUGUCUGAUGGUGCCAUCUACAGCAGUAUCGACUUCAUGGGGAAGGCCGGUUACAGCAGCCCGGCGCGAGGCACUCAGCCCACCCCCUACGCCACCACUCAGAUCCUCCAGUCCAACAGCUUCCACGAGCUGGCUGUGGACAGGCCGGAUCCCCGCUGGAAGGCCUCUCUCCAAGCGCAGCAGGAAAUGGCAAACCUGGGCUAUUCGCUUACUGAGAGACACCCCGGCAGUGGUGCAAAGGUUGGGAAGAAAAAGAAGGUGAAGGGUGGAACAAAGACCUCUAAAUCAAAUGGGACAUGUUGGGCUAACAUGCCCCUGCCUCAACCGCCCAUGCACCCACUGCCUGGUACAGAGGUCGACCUUGACCGUUACCCUGAGGAAAGCCACGGAGGAGGUUCCAGAUAUGACAGCAACAGUUGGGCCCCGCCCAGGUCUGUUCAGACCUACCACCACCAGAGUUUGGACAACGAGGUGAAGGAGGAGCGAUGUCCCACUCCUCCCCUGAGAGGAAGAUCUUCUUCUCCGGCGGCAGCUCCCUUCAGCCCGCCGUCCUCCUCCUCGCUGAGCUCGGCCCACCAUGAAGAAAUGCAAUCCAUUCUGCAGGCCCACUUGGAUGAGCUGACCAGAGCCUACCAAUACGAGGUGGCCAAGCAGGCUUGGCACAUGAAGAGCAGUCCAAACGUGUCCAAGACCCCCAUCCCCCCAAUGGACUUCAUGUCCAGCACCCUGGGCUCCGAUUUGGGAGCAACUCUCCUUUCCGAAGAAGACGAGGACGAGGAGGAGCGAUACGCCAUGGUGUCGAAGAAUCUGUGCGGCUUCGAAUACAUUCCCGGUCACAGCGUGGAAAACCUGGAUGGCUCAGGUAAACCCCCCCAGCUGUGCCGCUCGGACAGCCCUGGCACGGCAGACCGAGGCGCACACGGCACGCAUAGCCUUGGCCACAAGAGGGCACCGCUGACUGGCCUCAAACCUCACACGGACAAGGUUGGGACCCUGUCCAGAAGGAGAGACACCAACACAGACGCCCACACACCGGCCAUGAAGUCCCUGCACAGCGUGGGCUCCCGCAUGCACAGCUCGUGGGCAGCUGCAGGAUCAGACCCCUCUGAGGAGUGCAUGGUGACCGUGUCGACGCUGGAGCGGCAGCAUAUGGCUUCCUGGAGCGGCACAACAACAUCCAACAGGGCCACCCUGAGUCGGGGUUCCCACAAGAGACCUGGCACAGAUCUCUCCCACAACGGGCAUCCUCCCACAAACAGCACAGAGAAAAGGGAACACUAGUCAUUGCGAAGCCUCGUUCCCUGCAGUCGCCGCCUGCUGUCCUGGGACACCUUGUGUAGAAGCGCUAUGAGAUUCUCUCUCUCUCUCUCUGCGAGUGACAGAAUGAUGUUGUGGGGAAGACGGAGAGGAGACAGACUGAAGGCAAAGAAACAAGAUGUGAGCGGAAAAGAAUGCAGAGCUGUAAAUGUCAUGUACAGACACAGACACCACGUCUCACAAUGUUAUUUUCACCCCCCCUCCAAAAGAGUGAACCGUAUGUUAAAUGUCCGCUUUUAUUUUCUGUCACAACAGUUCACACAGUGGAGACGGAGAAGAAAAAUCACACUGAAAUGACUAAUCAAAAUGAGGGAAAAAAAGGACUUGCAUAAUUUGUAAAUAGAUUUUUUUUAAAUGUUAUAUCUCUUUCUUUUUUGCUUUGCUAUGCAAGCCAAACCCGAUGUUGUUGUCUCUUUUGUGUUUUAUUACCGUGGAUCAUUUUUCAUUAAUGCUCAAAAUGUUAGCUUAUUUUGAUGAAGCUACCGUAUUGUUGUACUUUGCACAGAGCGUUUUUUGGUGAAAAUAAGCACAAACCCCAUUGUCAGAAGCGCUGAGGAGAAGAAUCAUGACGGCAAAGAGGGAUGUCUAUGUUGAACAGAACCUAAACAGAAGAUAUGUACUUGGCUGUGCUGUAGAAAGACCCAUAUAUUGAGAGUAACGAGGGAAAAAACACAGGUAAAUAAUAUGCCAAAAUAACUAACUGUGUGCCGCACUUCUUUCCGGGAGACAUUAUACAUUAUUACGUUAUACUAACAAUGAUUACCAGAUCAUUUUUUUAAUGGUAACAAAAGCAACACAGUCAGUUGUGAUAUCCAAAGCAAAGACAUGAGAAAAUAAGUAUGUGUCACUUCUUUGCCAUUCCCAAAAAAAGUAUGUUAGUAAUAUAUUAUAUAUAUAUUUAUUUGUUUCUUUUCCAAUUACACACAGUGACAUGGUGAUAGUGCAAUAUUCAAAGGACGAUAUGACAAUAAAGGGAAAUGGGAAGAUGAAAGUGAGCUGUUGGAAGCCACGGGCCAUGUGUUACCUUGGUGGAGCGGAGAUACCGCAGCCGCAUUAAAAAUGUGUCCUGAUGUCAACGUGAGAUUUAAUCACGACGGCAUGUGAUGUUGGACAUCAGAGAAAUGAUACCAGAUUUGUUGUUAUGUUCUACACUGGAUUUACACUAUCAACUUUAAAGGGAUCUAUCAAAGAAUGCCAAAUUCGAAGAAGGAUUUUUUUUUUCUUUUUUGAAAUUGUAGCCAAUUAGUAUUUUCUGCCAAUGAGAUUCACGAUGCAAUUCUACACUUUCUUUGGAUGUUUUGUUUAGUUGUUGUUCUGGUCACUGUUCUGGGAAUGGCUCUCCAUUUGACGACUCUCCACCUGCCAGAUUGGUUUGCCCUCAGGAAUACACACAGCCACAUACAGUAGGGCCGUUUUUUUCAAUACCUUGAUGCAAAAUAAAAUGUGUAUGUGAAAAUGAAAA